AUGGACGCUGGCAUCUCCUCUCUGAAAUUGAAGUAUCUAAGAAAGCUUGAAGAGUUUCCGUUCAGAUCGAAAGAGGAGGCUGUUGGAAUGGGCAUGCAAACCUAUGUGGUGGAUUAUGGAAGAAGCCUCAUUCCAUUGGAAACGCCAUUUUCGAUGAGGUCGGUGUCAAGCAGAAAGGAGACUUCCACAGCUGAUGAGGAAGUAGAAGAAGACUGCCUAUUGUCUUCGUCAUCCUCAGGUGAAGAUACUGAUUCGGAAGAGUUUGGAGGAGACCUUCAUCUAGUUAUUGAUCUUUUUGUGAAAGGAAAAGAGAUUGUUAGAGAAGGGUCGCUCAGCAUCAUUAGGGGUAAAAAGUACGGGCUUGUGGGGAGAAACGGGAUAGGCAAGACCACACUCCUGAAGGCAAUUAGAAAAAGAAGGUUUGGGAUUCCGAGAGGAAUGAAAAUCUACAUGAUAAGGCAAGAUCUUGUUGGGGAUGGAACUGUAGAGGAUUUUGUCGGGGCUGGGGGCGAAAGGAUAUUGAAUGGAUUAGGAUUCACUAAGGACAUGGUUGGGAAAAAUAUAAGUGAUUUAAGUGGGGGAUGGAAGAUGCGUGCACAUUUGGCUAGAGCAAUAAAUACGGAUCCUGAUCUGCUACUGCUUGACGAGCCUACAAACUACCUGGACAUCAGCGCCCUGAGCUGGCUAGAAAGGAAGAUAAAGGAAUUGAAGACUGUUAUUAUUGUGUCCCACGACAGGAACUUCCUUAACAAUACCACUGAAAUGACACUCCAUUUGAAUGACCUGAAGAUUGAUGUAUACAAAGGAAAUUACGAGAGCUUUGUGAAGCAAAGAAGAGAAAGGAUGGUAACAGCCAAGAGGGAAUAUGAAAGUCAACUUGCAGUUAGGGAGCAUGUUCAGUCUUUUAUCGACAGGUUCAGAUACAAUGCAAAAAGAGCCUCUCUUGUUCAGAGCAAGAUAAAGGCGCUUGCAAAGAUGCCAACCCUUCUUCCCCCAAAGCAGGAUGCGAUCAUCAAGUUCUCUUUUGCAUCGACAUCUUCCCAAGGCACAUUGGUUGAGUUUUCUGAUGUUGAGUUUUCUUAUGGCCCCAGAAACAUCCUUAAAGAGGUGAACAUAAAAAUCGAUUCGAACUCAAGAGUAGUGGUGGUAGGGGCUAAUGGGCAGGGUAAGAGUACGUUUCUCAAGCUUUUGGCAGGAAAGAUUGAGGCCGUGGAGGGGAGUGUUAUAAGAAACCCGGGGCUUAAGGUUGGAUACUUUGCCCAGCACCAUAUUGAUCAUCUGAAGGUUAAUGAGAAUGUGCUUGACUUUAUGAUGAAGACAUAUUCGCAGGAGGAAAGCAGGCGUGCUCUUGCAGCAUUUGGAUUGAGUGUUGAUAAUCAACGCAUUGGAACGCUUUCUGGAGGGCAAAAAAGCAGGCUGGGAUUUGCAAUCAUCAAUGGCCUGAAGCCAAAUCUCCUGGUUCUGGACGAGCCUACAAAUCAUCUUGACAUGGAGUCCAUAGAUGCAUUAGCAGAUGCACUUAGAAGAUUUGACGGGGCUGUUGUUUGUGUAAGCCACGAUCUAAACUUCAUUGGGUCUACUUUCAAAGAAAUAUAUGUUUGUGAAAACAACAGCAUUAGGAGGUUCUAUGGGGACAUAUUUGAGUAUAAGAAAGGACUGAACGCUUAG